UCCGGCAGCCACUGGGCUUCUCUGCAUCCUCCCGCCGCUUCAUCAUGGAUCUGGGGACUAAAAAAAGAGUCGCUGGGAUUAUUAUCGCUCAGGUCGCCCUGGUUCUCUCCAGCUCAUACGGGACAACCGGAGAAGAGGUGUGUGACAGCGCACUGGUGUCCAAUCUGCCGCCAUCGUCCUUCAGGAGCUCCUCCCAGCUGUCCAGCAGCCACGCACCGGGCUUCGCCAAACUCAACAGGAGAGAAGGAGCUGGAGGUUGGUCCCCUCUCACCUCAGACAGGUAUCAGUGGUUGGAGGUCGACCUGGGCGAGCGGACCAAGGUCACCGCUGUCGCUACCCAGGGGCGAUACGGCAGCUCUGAUUGGCUGUCGUCGUACCUGCUGAUGUUCAGCGACACGGGACACAACUGGAAACAGUACAGACAGGAGGACAGUUUAGGCUCUUUUCCAGGGAACAGUAAUGCAGACAGUGUGGUUCAGUACAAACUGCAGCAGCCAGCGAUCGCUCGCUUCCUCCGCCUCAUUCCUCUGGACUGGAACCCCAGCGGGCGGAUCGGACUCAGGCUGGAGACUUACGGAUGUCCUUAUACCUCUGAUGUGGUGAGUUUUGACGGCGGCAGCAGCAGUCUGGUGUACAGGCUGAGUCCCGGGCCGAGGCGGAUGUCCAAAGAGGUCGUCUCUCUGAAGUUUAAAACCCUGAGGAAUUCUGGGACAUUGCUGCACGCAGUGGGACAAGGAGGACUCAGCCUCAGUCUGGAGUUAGAGAGAGGAAAACUGCUGCUGCUGCUCAGACAAGGUGGGACUUCUUCCUCUGAACCUCGCCGUCUUGCCUCCCUCGGCAGCCUGUUAGAUGAUCAGCACUGGCAUCAUGUCACAGUGGAGCGGCGAAGUGUUCACCUCAACCUCACUGUGGACAAACACACUGAGAGGGUUCAGAUCCCUGCAGAGUUCAGCCACUGGGACAUCGAACAGCUGAGUGUAGGAGCAGCCAAGAGCCUUGACUCCCAAAAACCAGCUGUCUCCAAGAACUUCCAUGGCUGCCUGGAAAACCUGCUGUACAACGGCCUCAACCUGAUAGAACGAGCUAAACACAAUAACCAGCAAGUUACUCUAAUGGGCAACGUGACCUUUUCUUGUGCUGAGCCAGUUUCCGUUGCCGUGACGUUUCACGGCCCCCAGAGUUUCCUCCAGUUGCCAGGGGCACCCGCAUCAGGGGGUGUGUCCGUGGGCUUUCAGUUUAGGACGUGGAACAAGGCGGGGCUUCUGCUCACCUUUGACCUCCCUCACAAAGGGGGUGUAGUGUGGCUCUACCUGAGUGAGGCCAGACUGAGACUACAGAUCCAUAAGGAUGGCAGGGCACUGCUGGAGCUCAGUGCAGGUACGGCUCUAAGUGACGGUCAGUGGCAUUCAGUGGAGAUAACCUCUGGACGAGGACGUCUGACCAUCGCUGUAGAUAAAGAAGAAGGAGGCGUCACUCAUGCCAGCCCCUCAUUUCCUGUCACCGUAGGCAGUCAACUCUUCUUUGGUGGUUGUCCUACUGAAGACGACAAUCAGGAAUGUAGAAACCCCUUCGAUAUCUUCCAGGGCUGCAUGCGUCUCCUCACUGUGGACAACCAGCCAGUGGACCUGAUCCUGGUGCAGCAAAGACUGCUGGGAAACUACAGCCAGCUGCAGAUUGACAUGUGUGGCAUCAUUGACAGGUGUUCUCCCAGUCGUUGUGAACAUGGCGGCCUCUGCAGUCAGUCCUGGACCGUCUUCCACUGUAACUGCUCUGACAGCGGCUACAGCGGAGCCACCUGCCACAGCUCUGUGUAUGAACAGUCCUGUGAGGCGUACAAACACAACGGCAACUCCUCGGGACAUUUUUACAUCGACGUGGACGGCAGCGGACCAAUCAAACCACAGCUGGUCUACUGCAACAUGACAGAGGAGAACACAUGGAUGGUGAUGCAGCACAACAACACAGAGCUGACCAGAGUCCGACCCUCUCCAGGUGUGAGCCAGCAUAUAGUUCAUUUUGACUACUCGUCUCAAGAGGAACAGCUGUUGGCCAUUACCAGCCAAUCACAGCACUGCGAACAGGAGCUGUCCUACCACUGCAGGAAGUCCCGCCUCCUCAACACCCCAGGCUACUGCAACUGUGACGCUGACCGCAUGGAGUGGGCUGAAGACUCAGGCCUGCUAACCCAUAAGGAGAGCCUCCCUGUCAGGUCUCUGGUGCUGGGUGACAUCCAGAGGCCGGGGUCAGAGGCUGCCUACAAAGUGGGACCUUUUCGUUGUCAUGGAGACAAGAACUUCUGGAACGCUGCGUUUUUCGACAAGGAGACGUCGUACCUCCACUUUCCCACCUUCCACGGGGAGCUGAGCGCGGACAUCUCCUUCCUGUUCAAAACCACGGCCUCCUCUGGUGUGUUCCUGGAAAACCUGGGCAUCAAAGACUUCAUCCGCAUCGAACUGAGCUCCUCCACUCUAGUGCUCUUCUCUUUCGAUGUGGGUAAUGGCCCGCUGGAGGUUCGCGUGGAGUCGAGCGUCCCACUCAACGACAACCGGUGGCAUCGAGUCCGAGCCGAGCGCAACGUCAAGGAGGCGUCGCUUCGAUUGGAUGAACUUCCUGCCGCCACGCAGCAGGCUCCUGCUGACGGACACUUCCACCUGCAGCUCAACAGCCAGCUGUUCAUAGGAGGCACAGCGUCCAGGCAGAAGGGCUUUCGGGGCUGUAUUCGCUCUCUGCAGCUGAACGGCGUCACCCUGGACCUGGAGGAGAGGGCGAAGAUCACGCCCGGGGUUCGACCCGGCUGCCCGGGUCACUGCAGCAGCUACGGCUCGCUCUGCCAGAACCAGGGCCGCUGUGUGGAGAGGGUCAACGGCUUCCACUGUGACUGUGGCCUGUCAGCCUACACCGGAGUCUUCUGCCAUACAGAGGUGUCGGCCAUCUUUAAGUCAGGGACAUCCGUCAGCUACACCUUCAAGGAGCCGUACGAGUUAAUCAGGAACAGCAGCGCCCUGCCGUCCUCCAUUUACUCUGACAUGACGCUGAGAGGAGAGAACGUCUCUCUGAGCUUCAGGACGAACCAGAGUCCGGCUCUGCUGCUCUACGUCACCUCCUACUACAGAGAGUACCUGGCCCUGCUCAUCAACAAGCACGAUGAGCUGGAGGUGCGGUACAAGCUGGACAGCAGCAGAGAAGCUGAAGUGUUGAGGAGCAGAGUGAGGAGUCUGGCCAACGGACAACUUCACACUGUGACCAUCAGGAGACUGACGGACUCCGUGUCUGUGCAGAUUAACCAAAAUGCCAGAGAGGACUUCAACCUGACAUCUGACGGAGAAUUCAACGCUAUCAAGUCUCUGGCGUUGGGCAGAGUGCACGAUUCUGCAGAGUUGGAUCCAGACCUGGCCAGGGUCGCGUCUCUCGGCUUUACCGGCUGUCUGUCCGUGGUCCACUUUAACUCCAUCACUCCUCUGAAAGCUGCUCUGCUCCAUCCAAACACCAGUCCUGUCGUCAUCACUGGAUCUUUAGUGCAGUCCAACUGUGGUUCCUCAGCUUCAGCCAAUCCCUACACAGCAGAGAACACUCACCACCUGUCAGACCAGUCUGGUUCAGUGGGUUCAGGUCAACCUUUAGUCAAUGCCAUCAGGACUGACUCGGCUCUGAUUGGAGGUGUGAUAGCGGUGGUGAUCUUUGUGGUUGUGACUGUCCUGGCGAUAACUGCCAGAUUCCUCUACCGGAGAAAAGAGACGUAUAGAAAUCAGGAAGUGAAGGGAGUCAAACAGGACGACAGCCAAGAUUUUCCUUUCAACAACCAAACGACUGACUCCCAGGACGUCUCCAGUGAAAGCCGAAAGGAGUAUUUCAUUUAACUAAAGGCCUGGUGACCUGGUGAACUGGAGGACUUUUUGGAGCUGAGGGUGCAGACCGGGCGUGUCCAGGCACGCCUCAGGACUUCACACUGCACUCAGAGACACUUGAGACUUCACUGGUAGAAGUGGCUCUACAAAAUGUGGAAGACAAAAAAAAGAACAAUACACACAGUGUUGUCUUUUACUGUAUGUAUAUACUGAAACAGUACUGGACUGAAUAUCCUUUCAGGAAUUGUAUAUAUAAAAAAAAAAAUGUAAAUGUUGGAAUAAUGUCUACAGUAAUCUCUAGCUAAUGUCACUCUGUCAUACUGAAAGGGUAGAAGUACUCUGAAGGGAACUGAUUUUGUUUUAUGGAUUCAUUUACAGUGUUCAAAAACAGUUUUAUUUCUUUAUUGUGGUGAAUCAGGGGACUUGGAAUCAUGACUGGAGUCAUUUGGCUGAUGCACAUUUCUGUGAGGAAGAAUGGAUGUUUAUGUAAUUGGAAGUGGAAAUGUUUGACCCUUAAUUAGGCCCUCAGGAAAAGUACUUCAGUAAGAGCUGGUGUUUGGUGGUUCACUCGUGUGUGAUGCCUUUCUGUUGUGCGCAGUGCUGUGGCGGGCAUAACAGUAUGUACUCGUUAGAGGCUGUACAGCCUUGAAAAUCUGCUUAAGGGAAACCUGUGUGCGCUUGUACACUUGGAAAAUUUACAAGUAUUGUCAGAGUCCCUGCAGCCGACAUACGCCUACCAAAUGCCAGGAUGUCUUUUUGAUGAUUUUCCAGCUCCAGUCAGCACAUGAAUUAAAUAUGUUCAUGAGUGAAUUACUUCCAGCAACAUUGUGCUACCACAGAAUUUUCGUGUUAGCAAGUGGCGUCUUCAAAGUCAACACAGUCUUACUCACUCCAGUCAUGCACAUCGCCAUGAGCACAUUGUGCAUUUGUGCUGAAAUGGUACACUGCAGUCUGGCAGCCACUGGUUGAGAGACUUAGAGACUUUUAUACAGAAGGGAUUGAUUUUCUACUUCAUUUCCAUUUUUAUUCUUUUUUUCUCAUUCCUCUAACUGCAGCUCUUUCUUUCCUCUCAUGACGUCUUCCCAUUGUAACAUGAAAGCACAACAAAAACAGGUAACAAAACUACAUCCGUGAGAAUUGAACUUUUUUUUUUAGUUUCCAAUAGUUUGCGCGCUUUUCAGAAGCAGCUUGUUCACUUUAAUAUAAACGUUUUGUCCUCCCUGCUGCAUGCCGCCUGCUGGGAGCUUCCUCCCCCAGCUCUCUGAACAGUGAAGCUUUUAACAGCGACAGCAGCGCAGGCUCUGUAACACUGUGGCUGUCUGUCACCUCGUUCACUGCACGCAGAGACAGUUAAUGUGUUUUUGAAAUGCUGCUUCGGUCUGACAGGUGGAUUGUAACGCGAUGGAAAGCAGUAAGAUGAUCAGAAUGAGACCGCGAGAUAAUCCAAGAGACAGAGUGUCAGGCAGACAUGGAUGUAAUGAAAACACAUUCUGAUAUUAACACUGAAAAUGAAGCAAAUCCCUCCGUGUGAUAAUUCAGCUCAUGUGUAAAGAGUGCUGCUGAUGUAGGGAAGCCAAGAAGCAGAAAGAGCAUCGACAGCAGCUGUUUAUCAAACAUACACCACCGUCUCUCUGCGAGACCCCAAAGCACAGAUGGGAUUUUAAUGACAAAAGUUGCUAAAACUUCAAAGUGCAUUAUUCAUCACUUUGUCUUUUCUUCUUUUUCCCCUCACCUCACAACAGCUGAGGCCACACAUCCACAUCCUUGAUUCAAAAGACUUUAUUCUCUGAAGAAGCAGUAGUGACUGUCCUCCAGCCUGCAGCAGAACUCACUACAGUGCAACACUUGAUUGCAGAGAGGAACUCAAAUGGUAAUCUUGACAGCCGGAUAAUCUUUGCAGAUUGAGCACAGCUGGAGGACACUGCAUAAAAAUAUAGCAAAAUAAAGAUCCAGAGAAGAACAUUUUAAUUUUUCAGAGUGUCCAUAUAACAUUAGCAGCAAGUCAAUGAUGUAAACAGUGAUGUGUGCAAAGCAGCAAGGAAACAUGUUUGACCUUAAACCUUGGUCUAGUGUCACUGUGAACAACUUUUUUGUUUUGUCAAACCACUUUCAUCAACAGAACAAAAACUUUACAACAGUUCUACAUUUGAACCCGCUUUAUUCGCACCUGUAACCUGAACAUUUUGGUUAAUUUUGCAUUUAAAGGAUAAAGGCCUAGUCACACCAGAGAGUAACACAAUAAAAUGAAUCCACAUGUUUAAAGGCUCAGUGACAUAGCAACUACUGGCAGGGUUAGUUUGUAAACUGCUCUCGAGCUAACAUGCUAGCCAGCCGGGACAUGUUAGCAUUAGUCAGUCACAAUAAGUUUCAGAGCUUCUUUCUAUUUUUUAGGCACUGUGCUGUUUACUUCCCCUGGCAUUUUGUUCUCAGUAACAUCAAUCAUUUCAUUCAAUAAAGAGAAAAAAAGCUAAUAAACUUUCUAAUUACUUGCUAACUGUCAGCUAGCAAGCUUGUUAGCCACUAAUGGGGCAGCAAGUUCACCCAGUUAAUUCAAAAGAGGUAUCAGUACUAUCCACUCCCACUGUCUGCAAACUAUUCCUCCUUUUUGGAGCAGCUUCUAAUCUGUCAAAGGAGUUUAAAUAAAUCUCAAGGGUGUAAUGCGGCUAAUAUGCUACAACAGCUUUCCCCAUUUUGUCAGCACUGUCAAGAUGGCAUGUUAUUGCUUAACAACACAAAUUUGCGCUUCACCUUGCUCCCAUGACUGACUCCAUUAACCCUGGCAGUUUUUAUUCAUUUUUAUUAAACAUUAAUUGAUAACCUUAGCCAUUUUGAAUGCUGGUGUGACUAGGCCUUACGCUAUUCUGAAAUUUGCUUAUUGUCAUCAAAUUCCAUGAAAAAGACUAAAACAAUAAAUGGCUCUCACUAACAAUAUUAUCUGUGUGGCCAAAACAAUUCUUCAUUAAUAUGAACACAGUCACACUGCAGUUUAAUUUGAGUCAAUUCCACAUACACCGUCCUGCUGCAAGAAAUACUAUAGCACCAAUUAUGUAUUAAUCCAAAAAUUAAAAAUGGCCCCCUACAAAUGCAUUAUUUCCUCCUUUUUAAGUAACUUUUGCAAAAAAACUACACUGCCCAGAUGUUGGAAUUACCGAGUUUUUUUAUUCAAUUAAACUAUAUAUAUGUGACCUGCUUUUAAUAUCUUUAAAUAUAUCUUCAGUAGGAACCAGUAGGUUUAGGACCGAAGCUACAGAAAAGGUUACCUUGGAGAUAACUGAUUAAUACAUUAUUGAAUUUGGUCUUUUCAUGGGAUUUGUUUUGACAAUGAGAAAAAUGUUGAAUAACUUCAGCUUUAUCCUUUUAGGAGUGAAUAUUUUUGACUGACAAUGUUCUAGUUUCUCUCUGACAAUGCACUGGUUUAAAGUCGAAGUGUUGUCACUGUAACUGUAGUGUUGGUAAAUAACAGUGAUGUUGUGAGUGUGAGUGACUUGCCAUAGAAAUAUACAGAUUCUACUCAUAUUCUGGUUGUUUGAUUAUCGACAAAAUCCUGUUGAA